CGCUGCCAAGAAGGAGAGUUGUCUAAAGCAACGCCUGAUCUCAAACACGUGUCCCAGAUAUUCUAUAUAAGUGUCAACGGCGUGGACCCACAUGUCAAAAUCACUCGCCUCUUACGUAGAGGCUUCUGAUUGGGCCACCACACCCCCGGAGGAACAAAAGCAGGAAUUUUAAAUCGUGGAGCAAUCUCGCAUGACUCUAUGUCGACACGUGUCGAGAAGGCUGGUCUGUAAGGCUUUUAAAACACCCCAGGACCACAUGCGUGUCAGGAAAGCAAGUUCCUUUCGUCGCGGUGUUUAAUUCUUAUUGGGCCACGUAUUGGGGGUGUGCACAAGAAGAGCCACACGUGGUGGAUAGAGAGGGAUGAGAGAGGGGGAGAUUAACGAUGGAGAUGGGUUGAUUCAGGCAGAGGACCACUACGUCAUACGAAAAUAGUACGUGUCAGUCUGCCCGUGACGGUGACGGGCAGCUGCCCUACCAUGCUCAGACUCAGAAAGAGAGAAGAAAAAGGAGAGAGCUUCUCUUUCUACGUAAGAAAAAGAGUCCAAAGAGGUGGGUUGGGUUUUAAAAGGGUCAGUUCAUGAGCGCGCGACCGUUCAUUCUCUCGCAUCCUCUGGUCCUUCAAUUUUGAAUGGAGACAGUAUCGUUGGUUUUUGGGGUUUUCAACUGUGUAGGGCAGAGAAGAGGGGUUCUGUGUUUGUGAAUUUUUUUUGGUUGGGGGGUUUUUGUAAUGGCGGAGAUCUGCUGUGGGGUUGUGAGCGAUGGGGAGACGUCCACUCAGUGCGAGCCGAGUUCGCGAGUGGCGAGGCGACGGAGAAUGGAGCUCCGGCGUUUCAAGUUCGUUGCCGGUGUGGCCCCUUCAGAGACCGAGAACGGGCAGAAGCGGCGGAAGCUGGAGGCGGCUUAUCCUUACGCCGAGGCCUGCUCGUGGAAGUGCGCCAACACCUUUGAAAACUGCGCUUCUGAAGUAGAGGGCAGUUGUUUGCAGUCGGAACAUGGAGGCUCCGACAAGGAGCAUCCUCAGACGAGUUUUCAGGCGGAUCUCCAGAUGGAGAAUGAGUAUACGAAGUUCGGCAUAGCAUCGGUAUGUGGGAGGAGAAGAGACAUGGAAGACGCCGUCGCCGUGCACCCUUCCUUCCUCCGGCAACACCACCAAACCACGAAUGGCUCGCACUACUUCGGAGUUUAUGAUGGUCACGGCUGUUCGCAUGUGGCGAUGAACUGCAGAGAUCGAAUGCAUGAACUGGUGAGAGAAGAGCUAGAGAACAAGGACACGUGUACGGAGUCAGGUUGGAAGAAUGCGAUGGAGCGAAGCUUCAGUCGCAUGGACAAGGAAGUGAAUGCACGGAAUAUAGGAGCAUCAGGAGCCGUUUGCAGGUGCGAGCUUCAAACACCUGAGUGCGAUGCCGUAGGAUCCACAGCCGUAGUCGCAAUAGUCACACCGGAGAAGAUCGUCGUCGCCAACUGCGGCGACUCCCGCGCGGUUCUCUGCCGCAACGGCAAGGCGAUCCCUCUCUCCUCCGAUCACAAGCCGGACCGCCCCGACGAACUUCAGCGGAUCCAGUCGGCCGGUGGGCGUGUCAUAUUCUGGGACGGACCUAGGGUUCUGGGAGUCCUCGCCAUGUCAAGAGCCAUAGGCGAUAACUACUUAAAGCCCUUCGUGAGCUGCGAGCCGGAGGUGACGAUCACGGAACGAUCGGCGGAGGACGAGUGUCUGAUACUGGCGAGCGACGGUCUGUGGGACGUGGUGUCGAACGAGACAGCGUGCGGCGUGGCGCGAAUGUGCCUGAAGGGGAAGGUACCGGAGGGUGUGGAAGGGGCGGAGAAUGAGGGGGAAGGGGAGGCUUGGGACAAGGCGUGCUCCGACGCCUCCAUGCUGCUGACAAAGCUGGCCUUGGCUAGGCACACCGCGGACAACGUGAGCGUGGUGGUGGUGGAUCUUAGGAAGGACACGUAGACACCCAUUCCUCUUUUUUUCUUUUUUCUUUUUUCCUUUUUGGGUAAAUGAUGUUUGGGUCUUUUUUUUUUAAUUUUUGUCCUGUAAGGACGGUGAUGGAGUCCUUGUCUUGAGGGAAAAUGAAAAAGCGGAAACUGAAAUGGGAAAUGGGAAUACAAACACACAAAAUGCAGCCCAGCCUUUUUCAUGCUGGUUUUUUCAUCAUA